AUGCUUGGGACGUCGAGAUCCAUCAUCUCGAGAAGUAUCAGUACGUCGAACCAGGCAGUGGCGAUUCUAGACCACGGUCCCCUUCGUGCUUCGGUCAAAGUUGAGCAGAAAAUCUCGCAAAAAUCGUGGAUCACCUCAAUCAUCUCGCUUGAUGCCGUUCUCAACGGACCGUCGUACGCCGAUGGUUUCAACGACGCGCUCAGCCAGGUGCAGAUCGAAUGCGAGUGCGAGUGGCGUGAGGACCGGAAAUUCCUCAAGGCCGAAUUUGCAUGGGAUCUCUGCAACCCUUCAGCAGACUACGAGACUCAAUUCGGGAUCAUACGACGGCCCACGCACUCCAACACGACCUGGGACAGCGCGAAAUUCGAAGUGGUCUGCCACAAGUUCGCCAAUCUCGACGAGUUUGGUUAUGGUGUGGCCAUCUUGAACGAUUCCAAGUACGGCUUUUCCACGCACGGUCGCACGCAGAGGCUGAGUCUCUUGCGGAGUCCCAAGGCGCCCGAUGCGCAUGCGGACAUGGGCCGGCAACGAUUCAAGUACGCCAUUCUGCCUCACCGUGGCAUGUUGAACCAGUCGGCCGUGGUGCGAGCCGGUUUCAACUUCAACUCACCACUCCAAGUCGUACCCAGAUGUGCUAGAUUGCCCCGGAUCGUCGUGGACGGCGGGCCAAACGUCGUGUUGGAAACCAUCAAGAGAUCAGAGGACGGAACGGACCUGGUCAUGAGGGCAUAUGAGGCUUAUGGAGGUGCGGCAAGCGUCACCAUCAACGUGGAUCUCAAGCUCGAUUCGGCUUGCAGAGUGGACUUGAUGGAGGAGAAGAUCGAAGCUCUGGAGGUGCAGACCACCCCGACCGGGAGUGCCUUGCCAUUGUGCUUGAAAGCUUUCGAGGUUGUGACGAUCCAUGCUGGUGUUGCUGGAUUUUGA